AAGUCGGCUUGUAUAUUAAGAUGAACCGAAGGAGGUUUGAUUUUUGCUUUUUCCGAUCCCCUUUUUAGCUUUUUGCUUUUCUCCCACUUCCAAAUUCUCGUGCUUUUAUCUUUGUCAGACUUACACACUCCCUUUUUAUGCUUUUCUUCCUCUUCCUCCACUCUUAAUUUUAGUUCCACACUCGCCAAAUGAACGUCUCUCGCACGUGCUCCCUCUGCGGGAACAACGGCCACAACUCCCGCACGUGCCCGGAAGCCGACGGCACCGGCGGAUUCAUGUUGUUCGGAGUUAGACUAACGACGUCGGAGGGAAGUAACUCGUUUAGGAAGAGCGUUAGUAUGAAUAAUCUGUCACAAUACGCAGAGCAUCCUCCAAUUCAAGACUCCAACCACGCCGAUGCCGGAUAUGCUUCCGACGACGUCGUUCACCCGUCGGACCGUUGCGGCGGCCGGAAGAGAGGGAUCCCGUGGACGGAGGAAGAGCAUAGGCUGUUUUUGUUGGGAUUACAGAAAGUUGGGAAGGGAGAUUGGAGAGGGAUUUCGAGGAAUUUUGUGAAGACACGUACCCCGACUCAGGUUGCAAGUCAUGCUCAGAAAUAUUUUCUCCGACGGAAUAAUUUUAAUCGGCGACGCCGUAGAUCCAGUCUUUUCGAUAUCACUACUCACACCUUCACGAGCUCAUCCAAGGAAGACGAUUUGAUAUUUUCCGGUCACGAGGCAAUGCAGCCACCGCUGCCACCGUCACCGCCCCAAAAAGACAACACUCCAGGAAAUUUCUCGGUGAAGAUUCAUGCAGCGAAACCACCUCCAGCCGCCGUGGUCAGCGGCGUCGUUGAUAGCAAAGCCGUAGUGAGUACAUUAACACUAAAUUCAUCAAAUUAUCCGGGGAAGCCAUGCAAUUCCAAGAUCAUUCGUCCAAUUCCAAUGCUUCCUCUAUCUCCAUACCCAAAAUUUGCCGAAUUAAACAUUAACGAGAGAAUCCCAGAAGACCCUUUGCCUCUAACUUUAAAGCUCUCAACUUCACACUCGGAGGGACAGUCACCGGCGGCGGCUUCACAGUCGUCCGGCAGUUUCCAGACAAUGUCCGGCGGCGGAGACAGCAUAGACAUUGUCAGUGUUGCUUGAAGAUUGUUGGGGGGCAUAGAUUUAAUAAAGAAUAAUAAUUGCUUGGAUUCAAUUGGACAGUGGAUAAAAAUCAUAAAGGGAUUCUACUUUUUCUUUUUGUACAGAUGAAAUUUAAUUGGUCCAUUAAGAAAAAAAAAAGGUUUAUAAUUUUAGAUGUGGGGGACUGUGGUUUGACUUAUUUAGUUCCUCUUAUUGACAGCCUCCUUCAUCAAUAUUAUCUUGAUAAUGUUGGUUGUAUUUCUAUA